CCGGAUGUUCCCCAUCCCGACCGUGUCCCUCACCUUGCCAUCUUCUAUUGCAGGUCCUCCGCCUUUCAUCACGCGUGCCUGGGUUUCCGGAAGUUAGGAGCUGAGGGGGUGACGACAUUUCCGGUCCCUAAGGAGGGUGGGGUAGUUUGGAGUACUAGAUUCCGCCUUUUCCGCCUGUUUCUUCCGUGUGGAGCGGCCCCUCUGGUCCCUGCUGCGCCUGCGCCAUCUUGCCAGCACAACUACUUAGGACCUGGUCUCCAUGCGGGGCGGGGCGGAGCGAGGAGGUCACGACGUGGGCGGGCAGUCUGACCCUGAGGCGAUGAGAAGACGUCAUCUAACGUGGACGAGAUCCUUGAGGUCUGGACUGGGCAAUUCUUGGAGAUGAAGGCGGGAAAGUGGAGCUUGAGUAAGCAGGAAUGUGCUUGAUUCAGGAAUCCAUGACAUUCAAAGAUGUGACUGUGGAAUUCACUUGGGAGGAGUGGAGACAGCUGGACCAUGCACAGAGGGACUUGUACAGGAAUGUGAUGAUGGAGAACUAUGAGAACCUCAUCUCAGUGGGGAUUUUUGUUUCCAAACUGGAUGUGAUUUCCCUAUUGGAAAGAGGAGAAGCCUCAUGGGUAUCAGAGGGAGAAGUCCCAAGAAGCACUUAUUCAGAUUCUCUUAAUCUGGACAGUUGGAGUGAAACCAAAAACUGGAGUUUAAUACAGAGUAUUUGCCACAUACCAUCACUUAAGAAAAGACUACCAGUGGAUAUUCUGCAAAAUGCCAAGAUGGGAGAAUCUGUGGCACAUGAUGUCGUUUUACAGAAACAACUGGGCAACCAGGAGACACACUCUAGAAAUGUAACCAUCAUUCACAGAACAAUUCUUAAUAAAGUGAGUGUACCUCAACACAAUUCAUUUGGGAGUAGUUUUAGUCCAGGGUCAGUCUUUGUUCCAGUGAAAUCUUUCAGAUACUACUCAGGAAACAAACUUCAUAGCAUAUAUUCUGGAAGAAAGUUACAUGAACACAAUGAAUGUGGCAAAGUUUCUGAGAGAAAAUCCAGUCUUACUCUGUAUGAGAGAAUUUGUACUGGAGAGAAACCCCUUACAUGUAAUGAAUGUGGCAAAAUCUUGGGUUCCAGGGGAAGCCUUAUUAGACACCAGAGAACUCAUGCUGGAGUGAAAUCCUUUGCAUGUGAUGAAUGUGGGAAGGCCUUUAGUAGCAGGGGGAAUCUUAAUCGCCAUGAGAGAACUCAUGCUGGAGUGAAACCCUUUGAAUGUAACAGAUGUGGGAAAGCCUUUGCUGAAAGGGGAAAGUUGAAUAAACAUGAGAGGAUUCAUACUGGAGAAAAACCCUUUGAGUGUAAUAAAUGUGGAAAAACUUUUAGCCACAGAGAAAGUUUAACUAAACAUGAGAGAAUUCAUACUGGAGAGAGAUCUUUUGAAUGUGAUAGAUGUGGGAAAGCAUUCUUUGAGAGAGGAAACCUUAUUAGACAUCAGAUAAUUCAUACUGGAAUGAAACCUUUUGAAUGUGAUGAAUGUGGGAAAGCCUUUCGCAAUAAGGGAAGCCUAACUGAUCACCUGAGAGUUCAUACUGGAAUGAAACCCUUUGAAUGUGAUGAAUGUGGGAAAGCCUUUAGUCACCGUGGAAGCUUGACAACACAUAAGAUAAUUCAUACUGGAGAAAAACCCUUUCAGUGUAAUGAAUGUGGGAAAGCUUUUAGUAAUAGGGGAACCCUUAUUAGACAUCAGAGAACUCAUACUGGAGUGAAGCCCUUUGAAUGUAAUGAGUGUGGGAGAAGCUUCAGCCGAAAGGUGCUUCUUGAUAAUCACCAGAGUAUUCAUACUGGUGUGAAACCUUUUGAAUGCAGUGAAUGUGGGAAAUCCUUCUUUGAGAGGGGAAACCUUUUUAUGCACUGGAGAAGUCAUACUGGAGUGAAGCCUUUUGAAUGUAGUCAAUGCGGGAAAACCUUUGGUAAUAAGGGAAACCUCACUGAUCAUCAAAGAAUUCAUACUGGAGUGAAACCCUUUGAAUGUAGUGAAUGUGGGAAAGCCUUCCGUCACAGGGGAAAUUUGGCAACACACAAGAGAACUCAUACUGGAGAGAAACCCUUCAUAUGUAAUCAGUGUGGAAAAGCUUUUAGUGGGAGUGGAGCUUUGAUUAUACAUUGGAGAACUCAUACUGGAGAGAAACCUUUUGAAUGUAAAGAAUGUGGAAAAGCCUUCAGUGAAAGGGGAUCCCUUAUUAGACAUCAGAGAAUUCAUACUGGAAUGAAACCCUUUGAAUGUAAUAGAUGUGGGAAAAGCUUCAGCCGAAAGGUACUUCUUACUGAUCACCAGAGUGUUCAUACUGGAGUGAAACCUUUUGAAUGUAAUAAAUGUGGAAAAGCCUUUGGUGAGAGAGGAACUUUAAAGAAACAUGAGAAAAUUCAUAGUGGAGAGAAGCCCUUUGAAUGUAAUAAAUGUGGAAGAGCCUUCUUUGAGAAGGGAAAUCUUAAUCGACAUGAGAGAAUUCAUAUGAAAAAGUUACCUUUAAUUGUAAUGAAUGCAGAGAAGCCUUUGACCUCUGUAAAAGUUUGAUGAAACAUAACAAAAUUCAUAGCAGAGAGAAAACAUGCAUAAUGAAUGUGGAAAGGCCUUUAGCAAUUUAUUAUUCUUGAUUUAUCAUCAGAGACUUCAUAAUGGAAGGAAAUUAUAUAAAAGCAAUGAACAGAAAUGUUUUAGCCACUUCAGUCCCACCCACCAUAAAGUAUAUGCCCCUUCAAGACAGGGAUGCUUUUCUUUUCUUUCUAUCCUCAUCACUCAUUAUGAUACUUAGCAUGUAGAAUGCCCUUAAUAAAUGUUAAGUAUAGUUAAGCUGUCAGAGGACCCCCUGCUAUAAAUCAGAUAAUUUAUACUGGUAAGUAAGGCUAUACAUUUUAUGUGAGAAACAUCAGCAAAUGAAUGGGAAGAAAAAGAAUCUGAAUUAUAUUGACUAUGGAAACAAUUUUGCUAUAAAUGUUAUACAUAAGGCUAAUUUCGUGUGAUAACAUGGGAAAAGCUUCACAAAAAAAUAAUCUUUUGUUAAAAUACCAGAGUGUCAAGAUUACAGAGUACGUUACUAGUUACUAUUUUCUUCUUUUAUUAUACUCUUAAUUGUAGAAUACCUUAGACACCAUUAAGAAGAGUUAGUCUGCAGCAAGUGUGCCUGAUAGAUUUUCUUUUUUAAAUUGACCAUUUUAUCAAAACCACAGAAUUUUUAAGUCACCAAGCAAAUUCACAUUUCAUUUUCUUUUUCUUUCUUAAUAACUGAUUAAAAAUGAACAUUCUAAUUCCAAAACAGAUAAAAUUAAGCACAUUUUAAAAAAUAAUCUCCUUUAUUUACAAUA